GGGGCGGUUCCACGCGGCUGCUUCCGGCGUGGGAACGGCGGGGCCGGGGCGCUGGGCGGGCCCUUCCGGCGGCGGCGAGGAUGGCGGCGGAGAAUCACUGCGCUUUCCCGGUUCACCCCGUCGGCGGCCUCGGCCUGGGAGGCCCGGGCGGGCCCUGCCGCCGGUGCAGCUCCGCGCCGCCGCCCGGCGCCGUGCCUGGCAAGUGGGUCCGGCUCAACGUGGGGGGCACCUGCUUCCUGACCACCCGGCAGACGCUCUGCAGAGACCCCAAGUCCUUCCUCUUCCGCCUCUGCCAGGCCGACCCCGACCUGGACUCGGACAAGGAUGAAACAGGUGCCUAUUUAAUAGACAGAGACCCGACCUACUUUGGGCCAGUGCUGAACUAUCUCAGACAUGGGAAACUGGUGAUUAACAAGGACCUAGCUGAGGAAGGUGUACUGGAAGAGGCUGAAUUCUACAAUAUCACAUCACUAAUAAAACUGGUAAAUGGACAAAUAAGAGAAAGAGACAGCAAAAUCUCACAGGUGCCAGUCAAACAUGUGUACAGAGUGCUGCAGUGCCAGGAAGAGGAACUGACUCAGAUGGUUUCCACCAUGUCUGAUGGCUGGAAAUUUGAACAGCUGGUCAGUAUUGGUUCUUCCUAUAACUAUGGCAAUGAGGAUCAGGCUGAAUUUCUGUGUGUUGUCUCAAAGGAAUUGCAUAAUACUCCCUAUGGCACAACCAGUGAACCCAGUGAAAAAGCAAAGAUUUUGCAAGAACGAGGUUCCAGGAUGUGAAGACAGUAUUGAACGGUGACAAUUUUUUCUCUUUUAUUCCAAGACACAGUGAAUUGUCACACUGAAGAGGCUUGGCUGCAAAAGAAACAAAAAAUCUGAUUUAGACAAUUUUCUGUUGAUCUGGGUUCAACCAUUUUUGCCUAGAAGUUGGUGUCAACUGGCAGAAAGCAUUGCAAGAUUACUUAAUGGGAAUAUAUGGUGUGGAAGUGUGUGUUAAGUUUUGGUAGUAGAGCAUGGUUUGUUCUCUCUUGUGGGCUGACUGGCACUGGUCAUUUGACAAGAAAUGACCACGCACAUUUUCCUCUGAGACAUGUAGCACUUAAUGUCUGGUGCUGGAUGACCCAAUAUUGAUCAGUUCAGAGACAUUUUCCUACUAAUCGUUGUAAACAUUUAAAGGACAAUGCAAUUGGUGCUACACACACACAUGUUACAGCCCACAGAUGCAAAUAUUUGGGCCUGUGUUGUUUCAGAGUCAGUGGCAGCCCCAGUUGACUGUGUUAAACUGCACAUUCCUCAUGGCUCUGUGACAUACUCUUUGAUGUAAUAACAGCCUAGGAGAUCAACUGAAACUAGCAUGUAAAAAGUUACACAGCAGACAAAGGAAGGGUGUAUAUAUAUUGACUGGAUUUAUAGCAUAUUUUAGUACCCAAAGGGAAGACUAAACUCAGAGAAAAGGGCCUUCAUCUGAGUUAUUGCUGAUGUUCCUUCUGUUGAAACAGUCUCCUCAUGCAAAAGUUAGGCUGCAGUCUUAGCCAGAUGUUUGGAAGUGGAAUCAAAAUUGUCUUAAAAUGAACAAAUGAACAUACUAUUUCUUUUGAGAUGUUUGUACUUAUAUGUGUGCCUGUGUUUUUAUAAAAUGUCUAUAAGCACUGAACUGUUUGGAUUAUGGUAGAGAUUUUUCAGGAGCUGGAGGUUGUACAGAAAGAUGUCUGGCUAGUCCUGGAUCCCCAUCUCUGUGACUGGGAUUAAAAUCAACCUUGAAUGUGAACAAAAGCUGAUCCAAUUGAAAAACUUAAUUACUUCAGACAUUCAGGAUCCCUGUAAUCAGUCUUUCUCUUUCUAUACUGUUUCAACUAUGCACUUCAAGAGCACUGUUUGAAAACAUCUGGUGUAGCUUUAUUAGUUUGUCCUUGAUGAAGGUUGGCACACAAGACUGGAGCUUUUUAAUACACUAUGUUUUCAGCAAAAUAUUUAGCACACCUUUAAAACAUGUAAUGAAAUCGACAGUAUAAAACUUGACUUCAUUAUGAAAGCAGUGGAAAGGAGUUUUAAAAAGCUACAAGAUUUUUUUUUAAUUCUAAAGACAUUACAGUUUUAAUUCUCAGUAACAUCAGAAUUUAUGCAUAUACUUUAGGUAAUCCUUCAUACAAAAAACUGAUUUUCAAACACUCAAGGUCUACUUUGUUUUUUUGAAGGACUUAUGCAUUGAUAAAAGUUUGGCAGAAACAAUUUGUAAAAACUAUUUCUACUAAGCAGGUUAAGCAAUGGGUUUGUAAUGAAUUUUGUGACUUGGAUGUGGUCUGCACAGGAAGCUGCUGGCCCCUCCACAACAACAUAUAAAAUGUUUGUCUUUUUUAAGGUGUUAAAACUGAAUUGAAUUUACUAAAAAUGUAAUUGUGUAGGGGGAAGUGUUUAUACUUUUCUACUUUUUUAGGCACCAUAUUUUAUUCAGCUUAAAUUUUAGCAUCCAAGUUUCCCCUAAAUAGUAACAGAUUAUCUUGUGUAUCUGAAAAUAAGGAUAACAGUUGUCUGUGUUAACUGCAUAUUAAAACAUUUCCUCUGCUGCAGUAGUCACUGUGUUUUUAAACAGGGCAACUCCACUGAAUUCUCUGAGCUCCCUAGCUCAUGGAAUUGCAGCCAACUAUGGUUUGUGUUGUUUCCUUGAUGUGGAGUAAUUUGGCGUUGGCCUAAGUAGAUUUUAAUGCCUAAAGUACCUAUUUUACAAUGAUCUUUUCUAAAUCAGCAUUUCUGUUGUCUCUCUUUUUAACCCCAAAAAGACAGAAUAUUUGACAGCAGCAAAGUGUAAGUAACAAACUGGGCAAAACUGAACAAAUUUAGAAUAUGUAAAAGAGUGGGGUUUUCUAAGUAUGUUUCUUCCACUGGAGUGUUUUCAGUAAAAACAUGCUUAUGGUGACAUUACCUGCAGUCUAGUUUACAUUGUAUCCCUGUUGUAGCAAAUUUUGGGGAAACAAGUGGUUAAUUACUUUGCACUUUUUUUCCAAUACCUCACAAAGAUUUUAAGAAAGAAAAAUAGGUAGGUACCUUAUAAGUUAUUUUAAAUAUGCUGUUACUUGAGACCACCUGAGCCAACUACUUUCCUAUGCCUGCUAAUAUCAUUAUUGCUUAAUUUUUUGUGAACAUGUGAGGCUUUCAGAUAGAUGGAAGUUGCUACUAUAUGCCUUUUUCAAGGCAUUAAGGCACGAUUUGUUAGUAAGUUUUUGUCUUACCCUUGUAAUUUUGAAUCAAGUUAGCUACGGUAACAAGGUAAUUGCAUUAGAGUCCGAUCUAAUCACCAAGUUUGCAAACAUUGCUUUAUCUGUUAAGACCUCACAGGAUGAUGAGGUAGUACACAGGUACAGUUUUAACUGGACUGCUGAUGAGUUCAGUAGGGGGCUGUAGUUGAAAAGCUGUACUUGCAAAACCUUUGAAUGAACUCUGGAUUUACUCAGCUUCUCUGUUCUUAAAGAAAAUCAGUACUCCAGGUUAGGAAUUAAGAUCAUCGCAGAUGGAAAUAGAGCAAGAAGGGAGAGAUAACAAAACAUAACAGCCAAAUGAGGUGAUCUCUCAUGAAAAUGUAAAUUCUGUGAAAGAUUUAACUUUCUGCCCUUUUGAUGUAUAAAUAUUCGUAGAAACACAUAGUCUUUUGGUAAAGUCAUUUGGCAUGUUGUCCAUGGAAGGGGAGGUUCCUAGUGAAAGUAGUGGAUUUUCAGUGAAAUUCAUUAAAGGCUUUUACAUUAUGGACUUCCAGAUUUUGUUUAAAAACUGAGAAGGUCAAAUUUACCAUAGCAGUUUUGUGCUUGAAUUAAGAAACAGCAUACUGUUGGCUUUAAGUUUCAUCAGAGGCUAAUUUUCUGGAUUGGAAAUUACAUUUUUAUAUUAAAUGCGUUUGACUUAAAGCAACAGUUAAGCCAAAGUUUUAUCUGCAAUGAACAAAUCAUUCUGAGGCCUCUAAGAUGUCAAUGUCACACGGUCCAUAAUAAUUGUCCAGAAGUAUAGUCUGACUCACCAGCUCCCACAGCAAAUGUGGAAUAUGUAUUUUUAUUAUUUUUUUAACAAAACAUUCUUCUAACAAAAGAGAAACAUGGAAUUUUCUCCCACUUUCGUGAACAUUUCUGUGCAUUAUGGCUAAUUGCAGUUUGUUAUCCCACAGUGAUUUAAUUGUGUGUCAAAGGCCUAAUUGUAUUUAGAAACUUAUAUUGAUUCUCUACUAAACUUUCAGUCCUUGGUAUCAUAUACUCAGAAAAUAUGGAAGAUGGACUGUUGGGUUUUUUUUUUAAACUCAGCUAGAUUUCUUGUAGUGCUAAAGGUUCCUUUAAUUUUUUGUUGUUGCUUUAGUAAAAGACAUUUCUUAAGAAAUGGAGCUUGAUGUAUCCAUUCAACAUUUUUGUCUUCAGAUUUUAUUUAGUAAAAAUGAAGCUGUGUAGCUCCAUUUCUAGGUAUGUGAUUGCACAGUUAUGAUUUAUCAAAAAAAGGACUCUUUCUGGGAGAUACCAAAAUUGAACCAGUCUUCUCUUUCUCUGAGAGAGUUGGGUUGUUGGGUUAGUUUCUCAGGAGAAAAAUGGAAAACUUGAGGCAGAUUAAGCAAAAAAGAACCUUGACUGGAGAUCUGUUGGGUGGUAGCAUGGUGAUGUUUUCCAGUUUCUGUUCGGUGAACAUCUGUUUCAGGUUGUUGGGAGUUGUCAGUCUCUUUUUGAGCAGCAGAGAGCUACCACCAGCAAAUUACAAACACAUAAAUUACUAUUUUUCUUACUGUUAGAAAAAUUAACUUGGAAUGCAAAAAUGCAAUAGCAUCUGAUUGAAUGAAAUUACCUAGAAACCAGAUGUGUAUUGUCCAGUCCUUUGGGGAUACUGGGAUAGAUUCCUUGAAAAAUACCGAGAGAAAAGUGAAGUGCUGAGCCUGUCAUGAAGAUUGAAAUCAAGUGAAAAAGAGUCUGGAGAUGAAGCCUGGGAUUUUGUUCAUUUGAGAUGUGAUAAAAUCAGAAAGUUGUAUUCUCCUGUUGUAUUCUCUCCCUUGCCACAUCAAAAUCAUCUUUCAAGUUUUUCAGACUGACUUCUUCAAUCAGCCCUGAAAGGUGGGACACUUGAAAAUACAUGAGAUUUUAUUACACUUAUAACAGUACCUGUUAGCUCAGGGUGGUAGGACUAAAACUUCCAGUGGUCAUUGGAGAAGUGUCUUGAAAUACAUCCAGUCUGAGAAUACUGCCUGUUGUUUCAUUAUAGUCUAGGCUGCAGUGAUCUACAGCUUUAAGGACAAAUCUGAAGUUCUUACCUGGGCGGUUGUGUGGAGUUACUUAUUCUCAAAUAGUAUAAAUAUUCAGUUU